AUGUCCUCGCCUGACAUCGUGAAGGCUAUUUGGAAUAAGAUGACUGUUGGAGCAGUUUGUCUGACCGCUGGGUUCGCGGGACUCUUAAGUUUUGUCUUUCUGGCGGUAGCGAUCGGCACGGAUUAUUGGUAUAUCAUCGACGUGUCAAACUCCAGAUAUAACUAUGGGGAGGAUUGGGAAGAUUUAAACUCCCAUUCUGGCCUCUGGAGAAUUUGUGAAGGUAAAAAUGCUUGCAUUGCUUUAAUAGACCCCUUUGGGGAAGAGAGUCAGGAUGUACCUGAAUCACAACGUCACUUACUGUUUAUGCAGAAGGUGUUUGUCAUUUUGCUCCCUCUGAGUCUGGUUCUCCUGGUGCUUGGAGGUAUCUGUGGACUAGUCAGCUCUUUGGCUAAUGGUCUCUACAUGUUGCUGUUCACUGGUUCCUACUUUCUGGUUGGAGGUGCACUGACUCUGGCCGGGAUCUCCGUCUACAUUGCUUAUUCGAGAGCAGCCUUUGCCAUCGCGAUGCGUUUGUACGGACACAAGUUGUUCGACAAUGUUUACGUUGGUUUCAGUUGGUCCAUGGGCUUGGCCUGCCUUUCUUGUGUCUCAGAGGUCAUUGCUGGGGCUUUGUUUCUUCUGGCUGCCAAGCUCGCUGUUGUGCAGCAUCUAGAGCAGUCAGCAACAAUGUGA